AUGUCUGUGCAUUCAGAUACGUCUGGUGAAAAUAAUAAUGUUUAUUCUAAUGAAUCUAUUCCUCCAAGUUUUUCACAAUUUUCUGUAUUUGCUCAAACAAAGAAGGAAGUAAUUCGACUCACUUACUUAGAUAACCCUUCAUUGGUUUGUGAUAAUGGUACUCAUUCGUUAAAAGUUGGCUUUGGUGGUGAUGAUUCCCCUCGUUCAUUAAUUCCUACUUUUGUCGGAUCGCCUCGUAAAGAAGUUUCUAUGAUAGGAUAUGGACAGAGAAACAUUUAUGUUGGCGAUUAUGCCGUGGAAAAUCGAGGAGUACUAAAUGUAAGCAAUCCCAUGCAAAAUGGUAUAAUUACCGACUGGGAAGCUAUGGAACAAAUGUACUAUCAUAUGUAUUACGAAAAUUUAACCGUUCCUCCAGAGAGCUACAACAUUAUUCACACUGAAGCACCUUUAAAUCCAAAAGGUUGUCGUGAAAAAUUAGCAGAGAUGAUGUUUGAGCUUUUUAAUGUACCAGGAAUGUUCACGGUACCAUCGGCUACGGCAGCAUUAUUUGGUAAUGGAAAGACUACAGGUAUUGUGGUGGACUCAGGAUAUGAAUGUACCCGCGCAGUACCUAUAUACGAGGGAUACAUUUUGCCGCAUGCAGUACGAACCUUACCAGUAGGGGGCAAACAGGUGACUGAGUACUUGGCAUCAUUAAUGAACGCUCGCGGUUUCAGCCUAACCACUCCCAAAGAUAUUGAUAUCACUAAUGCCAUUAAAGAAAAGUUGUGUUAUUGUGUUGCUAACCCGUCUAAAGAACACAUUCCAUACCACAUAAACCAUCCCGACUAUGAACAAAGCUUUAUACUACCCGAUGGUCAAACAUUUACAAUAUAUAGUGAAGCGUUUAGAGCGACUGAAAUAUUGUUUGAUCCAAACGUGUUUAAAAUAACUUCUAAGAUAGAAGGUGUACAUAAAAUGAUACACGAAUCAAUUGGUGUUUGUGAUAUUCGGUUACAAAAUGACAUGUACCAAAACGUUAUAUUAGCUGGAGGUAACACACUAUUUCCAUCUAUUCAAAAGCGUAUGGAGAGGAUGCUAGCGAAAUUAGCCCUGUCAACGACUAAAAUUCGAAUUAUCAUAACACCCGAACGUAAAUUUUCAGCUUGGAUUGGUGGCUCCAUUGUCGCUACGCUAUCGACUUUUCAACACAUGUGGGUAAAUCGAGCCGAAUACGAAGAACACGGUCCAAAAAGUGUUCAUCAUAAAUGUUUUUGAAAACUUAGAAGGUCAUUGUCUUUUUUUCUUGUAGUUUUUGAAAGUAAUAACACUAAGUUUAUAAAAGCAA